AUGGCUUCAAGUGUGGUUCUCCAACCUCUGGUGGCAGAACUGUCAUGGAAAACGCACCCAGGUGAUGAGGUGUUGCAGCAACUCCACGCAGGCCUUUUGUCAAAGCUGCCCGACCUGCAGUCGCUGGUGAUCUUGGUCUCCGCCAAGGGCAAGCAGCGAAGCUAUCCUGCAGGUCAGGACUUUGUCGAUGAAGUGCUGCAGAUGAAGGGUCGCAGCGUCAAAUAUCGACAGCCAUUCGGACAAUUCUCCAAUCCCAACCCACACAUUGCCGUGGCCACGGCCGAGUGGUUGGGGGACGUGCUGCAGCACCUCGCCGAGCCGACGGACCUCCUGGAACUCUACUGUGGUUGUGGAAGUCACACCGUGGCGUUGGCGCCGUUCUUUCGCCAGGUGUUAGCAGUGGAGAUCAACCGGCAUUUGGUGGAUGCUGCACA